GCUGGCGACUGGCACUCGGCUCUCUCAGCCCUCAGCCGGGACCAUGGAAGCGACGGUGGCGCGGGGUGAGGUGCUCAUGAGCCAGGCCAUCCAGCCGGCACAUGCGGACUCCCGUGGCGAGCUGAGCGCAGGACAGCUACUCAAGUGGAUGGACACCACAGCCUGCCUGGCAGCUGAAAAACAUGCCGGGAUUUCCUGCGUCACUGCCUCAAUGGACGACAUUCUGUUUGAGGACACGGCCAGAAUUGGACAAAUUAUUACCAUCCGAGCAAAAGUGACCAGAGCAUUCAGCACAAGCAUGGAGAUCAGUAUCAAGGUCAUAGUACAGGACAAGUUCACUGGCGCCGAGAAGCUCCUCUGUGUGGCUUUCUCUACCUUUGUUGUUAAACCAGUCGGAAAAGAAAAGGUCCAUUUAAAACCUGUCCCGCUUCAAACGGAGCAAGAGCAGGUAGAAUACACUCUGGCUGCGGAGAGAAGGAAAGUCCGCCUGCAGCACGAAAGCACCUUCAACAGCAUCAUGAAGGAGAGCAGCCGGUUGGAUGAUCCUGUUUGCAACAAUGAAGAAGGAACAGCCACCACCAUGGGCACCUCCGUUCAGAGCAUCGAGCUUGUCCUCCCACCCCAUGCAAACCAUCAUGGAAACACGUUUGGUGGACAGAUUAUGGCAUGGAUGGAGACAGUUGCAACCAUCUCUGCAAGUCGUCUGUGUUAUGGGCAUCCCUUUCUGAAGUCUGUGGAUAUGUUCAAAUUCCGGGGACCAUCCACGGUUGGGGACCGCCUUGUCUUCAAUGCCAUAGUUAACAACACGUUUCAGAACAGCGUGGAGGUUGGAGUACGUGUUGAGGCCUUUGACUGUCAGGAGUGGGCCGAAGGCCGAGGCCGCCACAUCAACAGUGCUUUCCUUAUUUACAAUGCUGUUGAUGAUCAGGAGGAAAUCAUCACCUUUCCCAGAAUCCAACCCAUAUCAAAGGAUGAUCUGCGACGUUAUCAGGGAGCUAUCGCAAGAAGGAGAAUUCGCCUGGGCAGGAAAUAUGUUAUUUCCCACAAAAAAGAAGCUCCCCCCAGCACACAAUGGGAUAUAAACAAAAAGGAAUCCCUAAGCCAUGCCAAUGUGGAGGCUCUCAAAAACCUGGCAUCCAGAAGCGGUUGGGAGGUCACCAGCACCUUGGAGAAGAUAAAAAUAUAUACCCUGGAAGAGCAAGAUGCCAUAUCUGUUAAGGUUGAAAAGCAUGUUGGCAGUCCAGCCCACAUGGCUUAUCAUCUCUUGUCCGACUUCACAAAUCGGCCUUUGUGGGACCCCCAUUACAUCUCCUGUGAUGUCGUGGACCAGGUGGGUGAGGACGACCUGAUAUAUCACAUCAUCUGCUCUGUGGUAAACGGCGACAAACCCAAAGACAUCACCGUGCUUGUGUCGCGACGAAAGCCCCUCAAAGACGAUAACACUUACAUCGUAGCAGUGAAGUCGGUCUCCCUGCCGUCCAUCCCAGCAUCUGCACAGUACAUCAGAAGCGAGGUCAUAUGUGCAGGCUUUCUCAUCCAGGCGGUCGACAGCAGUUCAUGCACCGUAGCGUACCUGAAUCGGAUAUCAGACAGCAUCCUCCCUUACUUUGCUGGCAAUAUUGGUGGCUGGUCCAAAUCCAUUGAGGAAGCUGCAGCUGCUUGUAUAAAAUUUAUAGAGAGUGCUGCUCAUGACGGACUUAAAAGCGUGUUAUAAAUGGUCAACUCUCAAUGACCUGUCCUUCAAUGUCCCAGGUUUAAUUCCAAGCAUCCUUGCCCUUUCAUUUGGCAAGCUUUGGGGCCAUACAAAGAUGUAGUGGCAGCCUAAGCACAAUGCAGUUAUGAAGAUAUUAAAAACUAACAUGUUUUGGUGAUUUGGAUCUGAAUUAUAAGGCCUCGAAAGCCCCACUCUACAGACAUUGGGAAAUUGCCUGGAUGCAAUACUGCAUGAUCUAUAAAACAUCACAACAUUGGUUAAAACUCUCAUGGACAUCUCCAGAAUACAGUUCAAUGUAUAUUUUGCAAUGAUGUGUUUAUAAAAUAUGAAAUGAUGGCAGGCUUUAAGCUGUUUAAUAGUGUUUAAUAUUUUUAAGCUGUUUAAUAUUUUUCCAUGGGCAGCAGAUGUCUCUGUCAGGGGUCUCUGAGAAGAUGUAUUCUAUGUUUUAGAACUUUAAAUUAGAAAGCAUUAAAACAUAAUGGAAUUCAAUCGA